CCACGAGCGAAAAGGGAGCGUUUUUAUGUCAAAUUUUCCCGCGCGGAUCUUCUAUUUGAGACUGAAGAGAAAAGGAAAGCCCUAAUCUUUCCAAAGGAAGAAGGAGAAAGACGACCAUUUUCAAUUUCACCUUCCUUUAGAGAACCAAAAAUGGAAACCGAAGAAGAUCAGUCGCUGACCGCCCUCUUGCGAGACCGCUUUAGGCUCUCUACCAUCUCCAUUGCCCAAGCCCAAGCAAAAGUAAACGACUUGGAAGUUUCCGAAACCGUAGUAGCUUGCGUUGCCGAUUUGGCCUUCAAAUAUGCAGAACAAUUGGGAAAAGACCUUGAGCUGUUUGCGCAGCAUGCAGGUCGUAAAUCAGUGAACAUGGAAGAUGUCAUUCUCGCUGCGCAUAGAAACGAGCAUCUAGCUGCGUCGUUGAGGUCCUUUGGCAAUGAGCUGAAAGCCAAAGAACCCCAAUCUGAAAGGAAGCGCAAGAAAGCAUCAAAGAAAGAAGACAAACCUAGAGCGAGUACAAGUGUGGUGGACAUUCCAGACUAGUAGAAAACACCUAUGCAACAUGUUACACCUAUGCAAACACCUAUGCAACAUGUUACACCUAUGCAACAUGUUACAUGUAUCUACUACUACUACUACCGGUUUAUGCAUCAUGUAUAUUGGUGAAGAGGGAAAAAUGGUUAUGAAUUAGAGCCGCAAGUUCGGGUUAGGGUGAGCUAGCCUGAGUUAAA